AUGUCGAAAACCAAAGUUAUCAUCGCUGGAUGCGGAAUCGCCGGGCCUGUCCUAGCCAUAUUCCUGAAGGGAAAAGGUUACGAGCCGGUCGUAUAUGAACGACUCGAGAAACCUACCGAACAGGGACUCUCGAUGUGUUUGCAACCGAAUGGCCUGCGCGUUCUAUCGUUAAUUCCAGGCUUCUGCGCCAAGAUUGUUGGCUUGCAGCUCAAGAAUCUCUUCUUCUGUUCCUCCCUUUCGGAAGACGAAGGCCUCCUCGCGGAGACUGACGCGCCCUCGAUGUUACCAGAGCUUGUCGGUCCGGGCAUGUGUGUGCUCGGUGUGCAUCGUGCCACGUUCUGCCGCACUCUUGUUGAGGAAGCAGAAAGCCACGGCGUGCAGAUUGUCUGGGGACACCAAGUUGUCGGGCUCACGCAGUCUGAGGACAGUGUCGAACUAGCUUUCGCAAAUGGCAAGACUGACACCGCCAGCUUUGUCGUCGGCUGCGAUGGCCUGCACAGCAAUACUCGCAUCAGCCUGUUUGGCGAGGAGAAAGCCGAUUUUACGGGCCUCACACAGACUGGCGGCUCAUCUCCGACCCCUAAGGCUUACCUGAACCGUCCUGGGGUGACAAAUAUAUACGGCAAUGGCGCACACAUGGUCUUCUAUCAGGUCAACGAAAAGCAGACAUCUUGGGCCGUCACUUUGCAAGAACCUGAGGCCAAGGAGACUUGGCGCGCAAUGGACGAAGAACGUCAACGGGAAUUCAGAGAAAGCCGUUUCAACAAGUGGGGAUUUGGUGGAGGAGAACUCGUCUCUAAUGCCAAGACCAUUGUCAAGUAUGGGCUGUACGAUAGGCCUGAAUUGAAGACCUGGCACAAGGAUAGGGUCGUGCUGCUGGGAGAUGCUGCUCAUCCGACAAGUCCACACCUUGGACAGGGCGCGAACCAAGCAUUCGAAGACAUCUAUCAUCUCGUGCGACUUCUGGCGAAACAUAACCCAUCUGGCGAAGCGCCUUCUACCUCCCUCCUUUCCACGAUUUUCACCGAGUUCGAGCAACGUCGCAUCCCCCGCACCUCCGCUCUAGUCAAGGGGGCACGGCAGCAGGGUGAGAAUCGCGUACUGCAUGGGGUGCCGGCGUGCAAGAAACGCAACGACGCGAUUCGCGAGAUGUACAUGGACGGCAGUACCCUGGCAGAUAGUUACAAGCAGGCUUACAGUGAGCCGUUCGAGCAAGGAAAGAGUGAGAUCUAG